AGGUUUUUUUACAGUAAUAUGGAAAUUGCCUAUCAGUAUAAAAACUUACAUGGGAUUGAAUGAAAUUGUAACUGCAGCUACCAAAAACUUUUUUGUUUCCUAAAACAUGGGUCAAACCGUGACCAAGGCUGAUUUUGUGUGGUCAUAUGAUGAAGAACCACAUGCAAGCAGGAGAAGGGAAAUGCUAGAGAAAUAUCCGGAAAUUAAACAAUUGUUCGGGCAAGACCCUGCUUUCAAAGUUGUCGUCAUAUUCAUGGUGAUCGCGCAGAUAGUAUUUGCCUGGCUGUUAAGAGAUUCGGAUUGGGCUCUGAUUAUCCUUCAAGCGUAUUUUGUAUCUGGCACAUUCAACCACUCGCUGACUCUGGCAGUACAUGAAAUCAGCCAUAAUCAAGCAUAUGGCACGGCACGACCACUUGCUAAUCGUCUCUUUGGCUUUAUUGCCAAUCUUCCCAUGUGUUUUCCAAUGUCCGUGUCUUUCAAGAAAUAUCACAUUGAGCACCAUAGGAACCUAGGAGAAGAUAAGAUUGACACGGAUGUGCCAACAGAAUGGGAAGCGCGAACAUUCUGUACAACAUUCGGCAAAGUGGUGUGGAUGAUUUUACAGCCGCUUUUCUAUGGAAUUCGCCCCCUGAUUAUCUAUCCAAAGUCUUUUACUGACUUGGAACUCGCUAACGUCAUCCUGCAACUAGCAUUUGACUACUUCAUCUAUUCGUAUUUUGGCGUGAAAUCUUUUGCAUUUCUGUUCGGCGGCUUUGUUGUUGGCAUGGGUUUGCAUCCUCUUGCUGGUCAUUACGUCUCAGAGCAUUACGUAUUCAAACCUGGCCAGGAAACUUACAGUUACUAUGGACCGAUUAAUCUAGUGACAUUCAAUGUUGGUUAUCAUGUGGAACAUCAUGACUUCCCAUUUGUUUCCGGUGCGAAUCUGCCCAAGAUCCGUUAUAUCGCACCGGAGUAUUAUAAUGAUCUGAAAUCGCAUGGCAGCUGGAUUCUUAUGAUGUACGAUUUUGCGACGAAUCCUUCCAUGUCGUUACGUUCUCGCAUCAAGCGCAAGUACGCCAAGCCAGAAGAGUUCCAUUUCUACGGUGUCGGCCCGUAUGAAACCAGCAAAGUGUAUGAUGCUGUUAAAAAGGCCAUCCAGCUAACGACGGGUUUCGGCCAUGCUUCUGUCAAGGCUGAAUGAAAUCUUUUUUCGCCCCAAAGAUGGCGCAUUUUUUUCUAUCUGCUUACUAUCGUAGACUGUAGACUUUUACUGUCUUUAUUCAGUUCUAGAUUUUAGCGCUUGAAUGGAUUUAGCUUUUUUGAUUUCAGUAACAAUUUUCUACUUCCUUUUGUGUGCUUCUCAACUGUGUGAUGAGCAAUAAUACAUGAUCCCAAUGUAUUAGUCGUAGUAUUUUUGACAUUCGUAUGUGAUACGUGUGAAAUUGUAAAGUGUUUGUCAUAUUCUUACUCUUCAUGAUGAACAGUAUUAUUAGUCUUGCCCUUGUGGUGUUGUUGACUUGCCGAGGUACGAAUCUGAGAUUCUUUUAGCUUGCCCCUAUUGUUAAGGUUUACAAUUGUUCAACGUGGUGUCUUCGCUGUUUUUAUUUAAUUAUUUUAUGCACUCAGGUGUUGUGUUGGCUUCGAGCACAUUUCAUUCGCUGUCUUUUGCCCACGAUAUGGUCUUUUACAAAAAUAAAAUAUUGCUCAG